GUUGCGUUCCCAUAAUUCGUAAUAACACAGGAAGCCCGGUUAUUUUUUAUCCAGUUACGAAACUACACAGAAACCGAAAACGCAUAAAAAAUGGCGCUUCCAGGAAGUCGAAUUACUAGUCGAUUGCCUCAGCACUUAGAGGGUUAUUUGACAGCACGCUCGAAAUCAGGACCAAAGUUCCCCUCCAAAAAGUCGUAUUUUGUGCUUCAAGGGGAGUUAUUGCGUUGCUAUGAUAGUAAAGAGAGCUACGAAAGAUCAAGUAAAGUGAAGGGACAGAUUUGCCUGGAUGAGGUGUGCAGUAUAUCAGAGAGUCUGGUAUAUAAAAAGUCUAGUGCCACUGAUAUCAUAAAGCUAGUCCUUCUUACUGGAGGGGAGAUCAAUCUGAAUGCUGAGGGGCAGAUCUGGCUUUGCCAUCCCUACUGCCAUCCCUUUAUGGCAGAGAUUAUUUCGUAUUUUUAUCAGAAUAAUGAUGAGGUCAAGCGAUGGGUGAGAGGUUUACAGCAGUCAAAGGAAAUUUGGAAUGAACUCAAGAAAAGGCAAAGAGAGGAGUCUAGCAGUGUGGAUACAUCAUUAGAUGAAAGUCUGCAUUUUACACAGAUUUGUUUUGACAAUGAGGCAGAGCAAGCAAAUGAUCCUAGCCUUAUCAAAGUUCAGAUUGACAUGUGUAAAGACGGAUCCUUCACAAUCUUUGUCCCGCCCACCUGUCAAGUGCAUGAGCUGCUGAACUGUGCAGUUGACAAGAUCCCCAUAUCAAACUGCGACAAAUGUCAGACGUGUCAGCUGCGCUGUCAGAUGAUGGAGCUAUGGAUGCUGGAUAACACUGGACAAGCCUGCAGACUUGAAAGUGGAGCAAAGAUCAACGUCGUAUCUUCGCCUCGACAUUUCUACCUACUGGAGCAUAACUAUAAACUACUAGUUGUGCAUUUCGAGGAUGGGCGCUUCUCCGCUAAACCAGUUGCAAUGCCCAUCAAGGCCAAGCAAGUUCCAGAACUGUUUCUAAGUGACCUUGGUCUUGUGUGCCCUGACGAUUUCCUGCUCUAUUUGGAACGCCCGUCAAAGAUAGCGACCCCGUUUGACCCUGACGAUUGUCCUUUGUAUUGUUUCUGGGAAUCCAAAAACGGAAGAUGGUCGCAACCAUCUAUUAUGCCUGGGCGACUGUUGCUCAAACGAAGAGCUCUGCAAGUUAUUGACCAGUAUGACGUGCGAAUGAGGCAACAAGAGCUUCGGCUAAAAAAGAUAAUCCAAGAUAGAAGGAACCAAAAAGUUCUUAAACAAAUUGAGAGGCAAAAAUGCCAACAACCGGGAAGACCAAACGUCCCGCAACAGCUUCGUCACCCCAUGACCUCAUGGGGUCCUCUUAUCGAUACCUCGGGACAUGACGAGGAUAGUCUACCCUGCGAGGAUACCGAUACAGCGAUACGGACCGUGCGGACACAAGCCAUGGGUUCCCCAGGAAGCAGCACCCCUCAUGGCCAGCUCACUGUGCCGUUUGGCUUACCCGAUGAUCUAGACACAUUUGUUGUUAUCGAGAAGCCGAAAGCCGCCGUAAAAAAUACGCAACCGUCAAGUGUAACGCAUAUUGUUCAUAAACAACCAGCUCUUUGUUGUUUUGAAGAACCUGCUCCUGUUCUGGACGCUUCGGAUUGGUGUGUUGUUGAUAAGACUCAAACAAUUCAAAGCUCUGAUUCUGGGACAGGAUCAAGACAACAGGGUGUUGGCUACGAAGGUAACAGUGGUAAAAAAUCAGGGACAUCUGCGAGACAAAUGUACAAUCACCACCAUACCGGUAAUAGAGAGGGUUUCAGUUGCCAAAAGUCUGGGUCAUUAGCGAGGCAGUCUUAUACGCCGCCGUGCGAUCGCCAUGAUACCGGAAGUGUUAUUGAAAAGAAGGAGCAAGUCGAGUUGGCAGAGGAGGUGCAGGAGGACCCCCGCCUUUACAUCCGUAGAACUUUGGGCAGGCGAGGUGGGAUGAGACGAAAAUCCUCCGGAAAGUCUAUAGAGUUGACAUCCAAUGCUACAAGUGUUCAAGAAAAAAGAUCGCCGCCACAGGGUGACCGUAAGAUCGCAGACUUCUCAUCAAAUGAUUCAAGUGUCCAUGAACAAAGACCACCGUCACAGGGUGACCGUGAGAUCGCAGACUUCUCAUCAAAUGAUUCAAGUGUCCAUGAACAAAGACCGCCGCCACAGGAUGACCGUGAGUUGGCAGACUUCUCAGCAAAUGAUUCAAGAGUCCAAGAACAAAGACCACCGUCACAGGGGGACCGUGAGAUCGCAGACUUCUCAUCAAAUGAUUCAAGUGUCCACGAACAAAGACCGCCGCCACAGGAUGACCGUGAGAUCGCUGACUUGUCUUCAAAUAUGGCUUUGAAACUCAACGAAAUGAUAUGUAGACCAGGUGAACAAAGUCAUGACAAACUAUCGAAAAAUUCACGUGCCAUUGAUGCUUCUGAAAGCCAAAAAGAAAUUAAGACGGGCGGUGACUUCCAUGGGGAUCGUAAGUCGGAAUGUGUGACACAGUCCGAGACCUUCGAUGGAUACAUAGGCCAACCGUCAGACGUAAAGAGCUCUAAAAAUCAUCCUAGAACCCGAGAUAGUCAAGCUGAUCUUCAUUUAGCAAACCAUACCUUAUCCAGUCGUACUGCUAUACUGAGCAAUCAAUUAAAAGAUUGUCAGUUUAAGGCACCGAAUUCUAAUGCUGAAAUGAAUAUAGAUCCUGAAUUUGCGAACUCUACUGGAAAUUCAGAAAGCUUGCCUGGGGAAAAUAUCGUUUAUGAAUUAUCUUGUCCCAAAGAAGAAGAGAAAAAAGAUGCGUUCAUUAACAAUAGUUCGUUGGAAGGCACGUCAAACAACCAUCCUUCAUCCUACGGAACUCAGGGCAGUUCAAAUGUCUCCACUGUCGAAUGCGCAAAAAGUGUGAGUUUGCUUAGCAGAGGGUAUGACAUAUCCAAGGGGCGUAUGAUGACACAGGACAUAAGGCAGACAGACAUUGAGAGCGAGUCCUGUCGGGACGGGAUCGGAAUAUUGUCAUUAGAUGGGUCAUAUGACAAUCAAUCCACUUCAACAAAUAAAGUUGACGAAGAUGAUUCUUGUCCAGAGGUUUCAGCACCGUCGCGAACUCGUCAUACCUGUGAACUGUACCCUGUGACGACCCCGUACAUUCUACGAAGCAUUCUACAGCAAUACGCCAGUACAUCACAGGGGGAGGAAGAGGUUGGGGUCGAGCGGCCUCCGAGGGCUUUAUGUGUUGAUGGAAUACAUAUCUCACAUCGUAACGGCGAAUGGACCUCCGACCUUUGCACAGUCGAGAGUAAUGGUACAUCAAAUAUCACUGAUGACUGUGAGACAUUUGAGCUGAGUGGAGGACUCUUAGUGUUAUACCAUACGGUCAAACGCCAGUGGUCUGUGAGGCACAGAAAGAAAAGUGAAGUUAUUGCUGAUGAUGAAAAACAGGUUGGCGCGUUAGUAUUAGUUACUGAGAGUAAAGAAACUUCGGAGCAGACACGUCGUUUGGAGUCCCUGCACCCUCGACUAUUGGUGGAUGGUGCUGAGACUAAAGUAAACUUGAUAAAAUGUUCUUCAUCAUCUUCGUCAACGUUAGAGCCUUCAUCAGCUUUUUUGCCCAGAGAAGAUAAUGAGAUUCGUUGUGUUCCAAGCUCUGAUAUCCAAGACAUGCGGCUUGCGAUUAAUGCUUCUGAAGAUUUAUUGGACGGUGUCGAACGUUCUUCUGACUCGCAAUUAGCGUCUGUGUCCAGUGAAUGUAACACCCCUAGUGCGUAUCCCUUUAGGGGUCCGCCGAGGACUAUACUUAAUGUGGGCCAAAGUCUAGACCCUAAUCAGGAGUCACGCUCAGAAAGCGAAGACUUGAAGCUGAACCAUAGGAGCGUUGAGAACAUAACGAGAGAUCCACGAGAUUUCUUGGAAAUUCAAUUCCUGGAAGACGCUAUCCAGAAAAUAUUUUACCACUUAGAAAAACAGGAUGACCUUCCGAUAAAUGCCCUGGAUGACAAGCAAUAUUCAGUGACUAGGAAGUUAGUAUGUGGAUCGCUCUGUCCUGCCCUAGUAUCACUCCUGAGCCACGGUGCUAAACGGAGGUGGACGCUUAAGGGCUACGUGACCUACUCUGCCUGGGACAUUAUCAGUGGUGUGUCUAGCAAAGGGAGACUCUCCCCUCUCAUAAAAAGUAUCGUUGAAAUUGGCCCGCUAUCGAGUGACUUGAGGUUUCACCUCUUUGUAUGCGGAGCUCUGAACAAGGGCUCUGACAUGUUGGCGGUGUGGUCGGAGGAGUUACAGGGCAGUAGGCACUUGCUGCUUGAGUACUUCACGGAGGACUCUGUACUGGUGAGGACGCUGCAGACAUCUUGCCUGGAAGAGGUCCUGUCUCGGCUGAGCUACUUGCCAUUUCGACUCACCUUGUUCGAGGAGGUAAGGCGGCAAGUUCUCGCGUCAGGACAGACAGCAUUUGUUUUCGAGUAAAAGGAGAAGGUCUUGUCAAGUUGAGCGCCUUGCCUUGGUCGAGGAGGUAAGGCAGUGAGUGCUGACGUGUGGAGUAUGUACGCAGCUGCUUUGUCUCCUAUUAUCUUUGUUCUACAAAGGAGUUCUUUUGUCUCUAUUCUUCUCGUUCUUUGUGUCGAGGUGCGGAUAUUGUUCAUUUGCCCAAUCAAGCUGCAGCUUGUAAAAGCUGCGUACUGACCCGACGUGUGACGGCAUCAAUAGAAAGGUUAGGUAUAUGUAUACCAUAAUACAUUGUUUUAUCCCAAGUUUUCAGAUUAAGUGCUCUUAGAUAUUUAGGAGUCACUUAUCUGGAAAUAUUCUUGGUCGCCGUUGCCCUCUGUCUAGUUAGUUCUGGUAUUCUGACUGCGACGCCUCGGUUUACUUAGGAUAACUCAUAUCAAUUUUCCGCUUAGAGUUAACUAAGGUAGCUUAAAUGGUGUAGUUAUGGUGAUAAUUUGGAACUGACAUAUCUAUAAUGAGCAGUUUCCACUGAGUAGAUUGUUUGAUAUUUUAUGAACGGAUGGUCAAUAUAAUCAAUAUAAUAACUAUAAUGUAAUGAAUAUAAAUGUUAUGAAUAACACUUGCAUGUGACGUCAUGUGGUGUCAGAAUCUGGCCGUCGUUACCAGGCCAUACUCUGGAACACACGCACCUUGUAGGCCAGAAUGUCUUGGUUUUAGUGGUCGCUAAAGAGAAGGCGUCUUGCGAAAUUAAAAGAGUAAGAUUGAAUAUUUUAGAAUAGAAUAAAAAAAUUGAAUUUGCGAGUGUUUUAUUAUUCACUUAGCGGCGAGGUGCAACUGCUUUAGGCAUGAGAAUGAAAUUAUUUCAGUCGCUUACUGUAGGCUAUAUUACUAUGGUCGUUGUUAUAUAUUAGAUAGAUAUAGAAGUGCUAUUUUAUUAUUUAUAUUAUAUACUUUUUUUACUUUAAAUAAACAUGAUAGUUACCUUUUUCUUGGAAA